CUCCGCCGCCGGCGCCGCUCACAUAUUACGAAUCCUCGGCGAGUUUCAGCUGUCGGACGAUGAACUUUUGGGGAGAAAUCGGCGUCGCUUCGAGUAUUUGAAAUUACGGAAUGAGCUCUUCCUUCCGCAUCGCAAGGAACUUUCGAAAGCUUUGUCGAAGAUAGAACAGAGAAGCACGAUGUUAUCCGCCAGAUACUCAACGAAAAAGCUGUCCCCGGACGCGAACAAAGAGAACGUGGUUCCUAUAAAAAGCAAGCAGAAGCAGGGGAGCAGGUCGAUGAGCAAGGCGGCGAGCAAGGCGUUGCUGGCGCCGGUGCUCUCGUGGCAGUCGCUCAGCGCGGAAGAGACGCUGUCGUCCCUCUCGGUGCCCUCGAGCUUGCCGGGUGCGGCCAGUGCGCCGCGCGUGCCGGACGCCGCAGCGGCGGGGCGCCGGUUCAGCCUGCUGCAGCUGAAGCGAGACCCACUUAGCAAAUACAAGACGUUCGUACGGACUGGAAUAGUGUUUUCGUUCGGCAACAUGAAACUGUCCUCGUUGAACCUGGCCUACAACAGACUGGAUCGCUCCAGCGUCGCGCUGCUCUGUCGCGUGCUGGCACAGCAGGCGGCCUGGCGCGACGCGCAUGCGUAUGCGCACGCGCAAGGACACGCACAUGCUCACUUCCAGUCGCACGUACAUGUGCAAGGAUACGGGCAUGAUGAGGGCGGGUUGCUGCGCGUUCAGCUCGAUGGCAACCCCGUGGCCGAGGACAGUGCGGAGCUGCGCGAGCUGCAGACGCUGUUGGAGCGCGCGCUCAGCGUCAGGGAGGAGCGGCCCGCGCGGCGGAAGCCCGCUCCCAAGCACCAUCCACACAAGCAUUAGAAACAACUCGGC